AUGACAGACCCCACUAAACCCUUAGAGGUCGAUGCGAGUAGUUCGCCAGACCAUGUUGAAACUGAGUCGCCUCCGAAAAAGGUCACGAUCAUUAGUGACGAUACGGACGAGAAAGGUAUCCCUAAGCCACAGAGAAACAAUUCUACGUACAGCAGCAGUGGUCGCCGAGUCUCAGAAUGGGAGGCGCUGCAAAUCGUCGCUGCUGGUGAUAUCGAAACCAUUGAUAGGGAGAUUGGUGAGAUUGAAGCUAGUCUUCAGCAGAUGAAUAUUAAGUCCACUUGGUAUAAACCUCAACUGCGGCUCAAGGACCCAAAAUACUUUACUUGGCUUCUUGUUGGUUUUGCUUCCAUGGGUGGACUCCUCUCUGGUAUUGAUCAGUCUUUGAUCAGUGGUGCCAAUCUAUACAUGCCAGCUUCGCUCGAUCUUACCACCAAGCAAGUCAGUUUGGUUAGUUCUGGUGUACCGCUCGGAGCCGUUGGUGGUGCACUGAUGCUGGGCCCUCUAAACGAAGCUGUCGGUCGCCGGAUGGCAAUCAUUUACUCGCUUGUUCUCUACACUGUUGGAGCGGGUCUAGAAGCUGGGGCUGUCAAUUUCGGCAUGAUGGUCGCAGCUCGUAUUAUUCUCGGCAUGGGUGUAGGCCUCGAAGGAGGAACAGUGCCUGUUUACGUCGCUGAGUCUGUCUCUCGCAAAUACCGUGGAAAUCUCGUCUCCUUAUACCAGUUUAUGAUUGCCCUUGGAGAAGUUUUGGGAUAUGUCGUUGCAGCAAUUUUCGUCAAUGUGAAGGCUGGAGGCUGGAGAUAUAUGCUCGGCUCAUCUCUUGUCUUUUCGACCAUUAUGUUUGUCGGUAUCCUGUUUAUGCCGGAAUCGCCUCGUUUCCUAAUGCACAAAGGCCGCACAACAGAGGCCUGGCAUGUGUGGAAACAAAUUCGAGGCGAAGACGCGGAGUCUAGGAAGGAGUUUUAUGUGAUGAAGUACUCUGUUGCGGAAGAAUUUACAGCCAAGGAGGCAGGUGUUAACAAGCGCUUCCCAUGGAUGGAUUUCUUCACUGAACCUCGAGCAAGACGCGCAAUCAUCUACGCCAAUAUCAUGGUAUUCCUCGGACAAUUUACGGGUAUCAACGCCAUACAAUACUACAUGGCCACUCUGAUGCAACAAGUCGGGUUCAACGACAAAGAGGCGGUCUUCAUGUCCCUUGUUGGUGGAGGGUCCCUCCUCCUCGGGACAAUCCCAGCCAUCUUUUAUAUGGAAAAGUUUGGUCGGAGAUUCUGGGCUUGCGCCAUGCUUCCUGGAUUCUUCAUCGGUCUUGUGCUUAUCGGAUGCAGCUACCUUAUCCCACUCAGCAACAAGGCAGGCUCCCAAGGAGUUUACAUUACCGGUUUGAUCAUUUAUGAGGGAUUCUUCGGUAGCUACGCCUGUCUCACAUGGGUCAUUCCCUCUGAAGUCUACCCCACUUACCUGCGUUCUUACGGCAUGGAAACCUCGGACGUUACGCUUUUCCUCUGCUCUUUCCUCGUUACCUACUUCUUCGCCGAUAUGCAAAACGCCAUGACGAACAUUGGGCUAUCGCUCGGCUUUUAUGGAGGGAUCGCGGUGCUAGGCUGGUUUUAUCAAAUUAUGUUUAUGCCGGAGACAAAGAACAAGACAUUGGAGGAGAUUGAUAUCAUCUUCAGCCAGCCGACUAGCCAGCUUGUGAGAGAGAAUUUGAGGAGCGCCUUGGUGACUGCAGGGGAUUUUGCCUGUUUCAGGUGGGGCAAAGUAUUUUCCCCGGUUAGUGAGAGUGAUGUCUUUAGGAGCGAUAACGGACACAAGAGCGAGAUGGAGCCAGAGGCUAAGCAUGAGGAGUUGUUAGUGUAA